CGAGGAAGAUGAACAAUAAAAUUUUUCCCAUGCAUUCUUGAUUUGACAAAGAAUUGGGUAUUUUCUCAAUUGCAAUUUACAAUCAAUUUUCCAAGAAAAAUAGAAAAGAAGUUCAUCCAUCUUUCGCUUGGAUUGUAUGAGAACGAAGUCAAUUCUUGCAACUGACAAACCAACCCUCCAUCCAUAUGACAAAAGUCAAACCAAAAAGCCAAAUCGGACCCUCAGGAGGUUCACAUAGCCAAAGAAGCUUUAACCUAAAUUACAACAAUUACCCUUGAUGAAACUAUUUUGCCCUCUAAGAUUGUAUCUCAAUUCAAAAGCAGACAGAGCAAACAUUAAAAAUUCCAAAAAUAUUUAAAAAGUACCCUUGAUAACAACUUCUCCGAAACGGAGGGAGUUCCAGCUCUGCAAGAAUGAAAGCCUACCCAUGGUAAAGUUAUGUGUUCCUUAGCUGUCAUACAUAGGGAAAACAUAACCCAUCCUCUUUCCAAGAAAAACCUCUUUACCUGAUCUUCUCCCUCCUAUAUAUAGUGCCUGCUUAAAAUACCCAAUACAUCUCAAAAUACAAGAACAUCCUUUGAAGAAAUCAUAGUCAUUAGUCUGCAAGCUUCAUAAUCCAUCCAAGGAUUAAUGGCAGGGAUUGGUAAAACAGCUCCUGAUUUCGAGGAUUUAUUGCCAGCGAUGGCUGAGAAGCUGGGCGGAGAAGGGCUGAUGAGGGAGCUGUGUAACGGGUUCAAGCUGCUGAUGGACAAAGACAAAGGGGUCAUCACUGUGGAGAGCUUAAAGAGGAAUGCGGCAAUGCUGGGGUUGCAAGAUUUAAGAGACGAUGAGCUUGUAAGCAUGGUGAGAGAAGGUGAUCUCGAUGGUGAUGGGGCUCUCAAUGAAAUGGAAUUUUGUGUAUUAAUGUUCAGAUUAAGCCCUGGAUUGAUGGAAGAGUCCCAGUUACUGCUAGAGGAGAUUCUUGAAGACGAGCUCAAAACUGCUGCGUUCUAAACGAGAUAUUUUUUGGGCACCUCUUUUUUUCUCUCUUUCUUUUAAUUUUUUAUGUUUAUCAUAGAUGACAGAAGGGGCAUUGCCCAAAACACUACAUCGUUUAAUAUUUGUAAAGGAGUUCAUUGAUCUUCUCAUUUAUUGUCAAAAUAAUACAUUGUCUUGGUAUA